CUGACCUGAGCUGCUGGCCAACUAGCAAGAGAGAACGACACAGCUAACUAGCUAGCUGCCAUGGACGCCGCCGGCGGCUCGCAAGCAGGAGACUCGUCGGAGCUAUCCUCCCCCUCCUCCUCCGGCGGCGGCGAGCAGGUGUACGUGGCGGUGGGCGGGUCCAAGGCGAUGGUGCUGUGGGCGCUGCACAAGUUCCCCAAAGACACCGCCUUUGUGCUGCUCCAUGUCUGCUCCCAGCCCAAGCUCAUCCCCAUCAUGGGUGCCAGGAUCCCUGCUAGGCAGGUGCAAGAGCAGGAGCUGACUUCGUACAAGAAGAUGGAGUUGCAGAGAAUCAAUGACAGUCUGGACCAACAUCUGCUCCUAUGUGCACAGGAAAAGGUACAAGCUGAGAAGCUGGUGGUUGAAUCAGAUGAUGUGGCAGAGGGACUAGUGCAGCUCAUCACUGAGCAUCAUGUCACUGCCCUUGUCAUGGGGGCAGCAGCUGAUAAGCAUUACACAAAGAAAAUGAAAGCUCUCAAGUCCAAGAAAGCACAGGUUGUAGAACAGCGGGCAGAUCCUUCCUGCAAAAUAUGGUACAUCUGCAAAGGAACGCUUGUUUACCGUAGGAAGGCUGUUCCCCUUAGCCAUGGGGCAAGGCCGCAAGGUACACAAAAGCCUGGUGCUCAACAGUUUUCAGUGGAUAGAUCAACUAGCUUGUCAGAGAUGUGGUGUGUUUCAAAUACAUGGCUACACAAACCAAAUCUCAGACGAUCCGAUGCUAAUGAAAAGGAAACUGUUCACGAAUUUGAUGAGGGUGACAAUAAAUUCCAGCAUAUGCUCCGGGAGUUGGAGAGUGUAAGAAAACAAGCUUAUGAAGACAACUGCAGUCGUGAAAAGGCAGAAAGGGAGUUGUUUGAGGCUUUCCAGAAAGAUAUCAUGAGGGAGCCUCUAAUUGCUGCAGAUGGUUUUACCUAUGAAGCCGAAGCUAUAAGGGAGUGGAUUGACAAUGGCCACCAUACAUCACCCAUGACAAAUCUUGAGCUACUCCACCGUGAUCUUUUGCCGAACCAUGCCCUCCGUUCUACGAUCCAAGAAUGGCUGCAGACAAAUGCAAAUUAAUAUGUUAGCUUUAUCACCAUGGAACUUUGAGAUGAAAAAUUGGUGUGCGAUUGACUCCUUACACAGAUUAGUAGGCACAAACCGCAAAAACCAAACGCUUCUGUGUGUAUUCAGAAAGAAUGA